AUGCAGGACGGGAGUUGGAAUCAGCCACUCCCCAUCUCUCUGCUGCUAAAGGACCCGGCAGGAGGCGGGACUUUGGAGGGGGAUGGGGGGGUAUUUUCUGAGGCUUCCUCUGAUGGGGAUCUCUACCUGGACUCCAUGGCAGCUCUAGAUUCUGGAGAUGGGGAUUUUCCAGAUCUUACUGCCUUCCUCAGUGCAGAGGAGAUUAAUCGCAGCCUGGACCUGGCCUGGGAGGCCUUCAGUGAUGCUGGUGAAUCUGGAGAUGCCGAACCCUCUAAUCCCCUUCCUCAGGAGCAGGACCUCCAUCCCCUCCCCUCCCACCCCAUGUUCCCUGUCCCCCACCAGACUACUGAACCUCUGACCAAAAGUCCAAACCCCCACCACCAGACCAAAACCCCCUGCCCAGAUGAGAGUGUCCCAGUCAAAGUCACUUCCAGCCAGAGUGUCCUCUUCAGCAGGCCUGUGCAGGCCUCCAGUGAAAUGCCUGCCUCUGCAGAGAAGUUUGUCUGCCACAAGAACGUCACCCCGAUGUACAGGCAGGAUAAGCCACGGCUCAUUCAUGAAGGCCUAGAGCUGAAUGAGCGGGUGGCCUCAGCCACAGAGUUCUGCAGCCGCGCCGCCACUUUUAUCGAGGAGCUAUCCUCCAUCUUUAAAGGUUCCUCCCGCUUGGAACAGCAAGGAGAGGAGGACUCUUCCUCUCCUGACAGUGGUUACCUGUCCCCAAAGAGCCAGCGACCUGCCCCCCAGGGCUCUGUCUCUGUUCCCCCUCAAACUCUCAGUCAUCCAGGAUGGGUACAGCAAAACCAGCCGGCCACAGGUGCCCAACAAGCAGGCUUGGUGGUGCGGACAGAAGCUGUCAGGCAUCAACACCCAGGAGUGCAAACUUCAUCUGGACCCUUGUCUCCACCUCACUUCACCCAGAAGCUGAAGAGUCAGGAGGUGGCAGAGGGAAGCCCCAUUCGUCUGGAGUGCAGAGUUGGAGGGAACCCCCUGCCGUUAGUCAGGUGGUUCUGUGAGGGACGUGAGCUGCACAACUCACCUGACAUCCAGAUCUGGAGGGAUGGUGACUUGCACACGCUGGUGAUUGCUGAGGCCUUUGAGGACGACACGGGACGUUACACCUGCGUGGCCUCCAACAGUCUGGGAGCAGACAACACCUACGCCGAGGUCUACAUUGAAGGCGCUUCGUCAUCAGACUCAGAGGGGGAGGGAUCAGUGUCAAAGUCCAGAUCCGGAGCCAUGCCGCAGGUGCAGAAGAAGACCACUUCAAUGUCCCUGACAAUCCGCUCAUCUUCCCCCAAGACAUCUGAGGCACUUACUCAGCGCUCUACACUGGUGCAAGCCCUGUCCCAGCCACCACCGCGGAUGCAGAGCCCAGUCUCUUCACUGUCUGGCAGAGACACCCCUCCCACUCCCACAGCACCCCCUGUGUUCACCAAGCUGCUCCAGGAUGCCCAAGCGUCUGAGGGCCAGGUGGUGGUUUUGGAGUGCAGGGUCCGGGCGACUCCUCCACUGCAGGUUCGAUGGUACCGGCAGGGAGAAGAAAUCCUGGACUCCCCAGACUUUCGCAUCCUACAGAAAAAGCCUCGAUCUGCAGCAGAGCCAGAGGAGAUCUGCACCCUGGUGAUAGCUGAGGCCUUUCCCGAGGAUGGAGGUCUGUUCUGCUGCACUGCGACCAAUGUCUACGGCUCUGUGAACAGCACAGCCCGACUUGCUGUGACCGCAGCUGGUGAAGACUCAUCCAGCAAUGGUGUGUGUGGUGACAGCUUGGCACUCGAGGAUGCCGCGGCCUUCCCCCCUCCUCCCCCCCCCCCUCCUCCCCCGCCCACCGAGAUCAGCCAGCUGGAGCUGCCACCCAAGACACCGCCCAGCGCCGAGAGUUUCCACAUCAAUGAGCUGGAGAUCUGGCCCAGUGUGUCAGCCUUGUCACCAUCACAGACAGCUCCAGAGCUGCAGGGCAAGGAGAGGGCCAAGGUUGUAACACAAAAUGGCCGAGUCCUGAAUCCACCCCCAAGCCUUCCUAAGGAGUCCUCCGAGACCCUGAGACCACCACCUCCAACACAUUAUGAGCCGGUGAUUGGACUCUUGGCUCCAAUUGCUACACAGGCCCAAGCUCCGACCCAGGAGGCCCCGGAUUCUCCUUCAGCCCCAGCCAAUUUGUGCCCCUCCCCUGUGAAGGAGGGUCCUCCACUUCCCACCAAGCCAAAGCUGAACGCUGCCCAGCUGAAGCAGCUGCAGGAACAGAUUUUGUUGGAGCAGCAGGAAGCAGCCAACUGGCAACAGCAACAGGAUCAGCAAGGGCAGGAAGUCCCACCCCCCACACAACAACCACAGCCAGCCCAGGAAGUACCUCCACCCGCUCCACCCUCUCCUCCUCUUCCCCCUCCUCCCUCUUUCCAGGAGCUAGAGAGCAGCGCAACUAUGCAGACCAGCACCUUCAACUAUGCCCGUCCUAAGCAGUUUAUUGCUGCCCAGACCCCUGGGCGGGGCAGCCCUGUGGGGAGCUAUGUCACCCAGUCAUCAGGCUCAUCAGGCUCCAGCCUGUCCUCCCCUCUCUCUCCCCCCACCUCACACAAACCCUUCAGCAGGGUCACCCUGCCGCCUUUCAGCAAGGCCAGCAGCAUAGAGUCUCCCACCUCUCCUUCCUUCCCUCCUCCUCCUCCACCCUUCCUCAGCUCCAGUAACCUGCCCUCUCCAUCAGCCAAUGCCCAAGACUUCCCUCCUCCCCCACCCCCUCCCCCUCCCCCUGUGUUCUCGGGCCCCACCAUGUCUCCAGCUUACUCAAACACCUCCUCGCCCUUCAGUUCUGUCCCUCCAUCUCCAGCAUCCAGCUUCCUGUCCUCCGUGUUGCCUUCCACACCCUCCACUCCCAGCAGCCCGACGGUCAAUGCUCUGGGCCUUCCCAAAGGCAAUGGGACAAUAGCAUUCCCCAGGAAGUCCUCAGUCACCAGAUCCCCUCGCAUGGCCUCUGACUCAGACAUCCAGGGAUCCAAGGACGCCGUCAUCCAGGACCUGGAGAGAAAGCUGCGCUUCAAAGAGGAGCGUUUAAGCAAUGGCCAGCAGAGGUUAACCUAUGAGGAGAAGAUGGCUCGCAGACUGCUGGGGGCUGACAACGCUGCCACAGUCUUAAACACACAGGACACAGAGGAGGAGCUGGUCACGCAGGAAUACAAAGUGUCUAGCUUUGAGCAGCGCCUGAUCAGUGAGAUUGAGUUUCGUCUGGAGCGCUCCCCGGUAGAGGAGUCAGAUGACGAUGUGCAGCACGACGACGAAUCUGGCCAGGGAGCGGCACCUUCCUUUGGCCAGAAGCUCAAACACUACAAGGUCUUUGAGGGCAUGCCAGUCACCUUCUCCUGCAAGGUCAAUGGAGAACCAAAGCCCAAGGUCUACUGGUUUAAAGACGGCAAGCAGAUCUCCAAGAGGAGUGAACACUACAGGAUCAGCAGAGACGCUGAUGGGACCUGCUCUCUUCACACUGCUGCGGCCUCAUUGGAUGAUGAUGGCAACUACACCAUCAUGGCAAGCAACCCUGUGGGGAGGGUGAGCUGCACUGGCAGGAUGAUGGUUCAGGCAGUCAACCAGCGAGGGCGUAGCCAGCGUUCAACACCUGGACACAUUCGCAGGCCAAGGUCCAGGUCUAGAGACAGUGGGGAUGAGAAUGACAACAUACAGGAGCGUCACUUCCGCCCCCACUUCCUGCAGGCACCUGGUGACCUCAUUGUCCAGGAAGGCCGCCUCUGCAGGAUGGACUGUAAGGUGAGCGGCUUGCCUACACCUGACCUGAUCUGGCAGCUCAAUGGACAGACCAUCCGUCCUGACUCCGCCCAUAAGAUGCUGGUGAGGGAAAAUGGCGUUCACUCGCUGGUCAUCGAACCCGUCUCCAGCCGUGAUGCAGGCAUCUACACCUGCAUUGCCAGCAACCGUGCAGGGCAGAACUCCUUUAACCUGGAACUUAUUGUUGCAGCUAAAGAGAUGCACAAGGCCCCCACAUUCAUCGAGAAGCUGCAGAACACGAGCGUAGCAGAGGGUUAUCCAGUGCGUCUGGAGUGUCGUGUGACCGGGGUGCCCUCCCCACAAAUCUUCUGGAAGAGGGAGAACGAGUCCUUAACUCACAAUACAGACAGGAUCAGUAUGCACCAGGACAACUGUGGUUACCUGUGCAUGAUCAUCCAACCAGCCAUGAAGGAGGAUGCUGGCUGGUACACUGUGUCAGCCAAGAAUGAUGCUGGCAUUGUCUCCAGCACUGCACGCCUCGACGUCAACACUCAGUGGCAACAGCCCAACCUCCCCAAACCUAAGAAAGUUCGCCCUUCCACUAGUCGCUACGCUGCGCUGACAGAGAGAGGGCUGGAUGUAAAGGCAGCCUUCUUCCCCGACUCCAGCCCCCUGCAGCCCGGUGGCCUGGUGGAAAGUGAUGACCUGUAGAGACCUGAGAGGAGGGUAGCGAAUACCAUCCUGAGACCCAAAAAAGUCCCCUGCCCCCAGCUCCGCCAGCCCCCGGCUCCCAACACGCCUAAGACUGAUACUUUAUGACUGCCUUGGGGAUUCUAUGACGAGGUCACAGAUGCUAGUCAGUUGGUGUGCUGAGUGAGCCAGUACAGCGGCCCUUGUUUUCCAGUGUUGUAUAGUAUUUCAAAUCCUAAAAUAUUACAACAUCAAUCAAAUAUGGAUCCCCGGGUUUCAUUUUAUCAACUGGACCUGCUCUCCAAAAGGAUCACUGAGGUGUUUAGCGGUUUCCGGGAAGACUGUUGAUUAAUGUCCUCUAACGUUUCCUUAACUACAUGGUACACCCUGUUCUGCAAUGGGUCACCUGUUAAGUGCCUGAGAUAUCUCAUUUCUGUUGAAGGUAAAAAACAGAGGGUUUAACAUUGAAAUGAAAAGUGGAAUUAUUAUGCAUGUUGAAGUGGUGCCAUUUGCAAUACACAGAAUGUAACCCUGUACGUAUUAGUGUCACUCCACCAACUGAGAGCACGGGCAGUAAUACGCGAGAGAAAAGACAGCUUCGGACUCAUCGGAAAGUUGAGAAACUGUUCAGAGCAUCACAGCUGUGUGACGUGUCUUGUGACUUGGGUGAGGAAGGAGGGAACCCAGAACACCAGUAUUUCUUCCAUUAUGUGGGCAUCAAUGAUGUGUAGUGUACCUGGGCUUUAUGUAACACAGCACAGAUGUAUCUACAGUGUCUGGUUAUAGUUAGAGCAGUGAACUGUAGUUGAACUGUAUCCCUGAUUAGCACCAUACGACAGAUAUUGCACAAGGCCGGGCCUUAUAUGUUUCUUUUCUUUUUUUCUUUUUUUAGUGACAAAAAAAGGUUUGCAGAAAUAGAUUGUUUGUCAAAUGAUAGAUGGCACAUGGAUGAGAUCUCUCAGUUGAUUAAUGGGUAGCAGAAGGAGGUAUGUGGGUUGAAACAGGCUCAGAAGCAGGCAGUAGGAGUGAUAGUGUGUCUGUCUGCUACACGAGACAUUUUUCGAACUUAAAUUUCGUUAUCUGUGGUAAUUGUCAGAAGCGGAAGAAAAGCAGCAAGUUUUUACUGUGGACAUCGACCUACAAGUUGAUUUGAGAAGAGGAUGUGAAUGAUAGGUUGGCAAAGGUGACGACGAUGAUGAUGAUGAUGAUGGUGAUGACGAUGCUGAAAACUUCCAGGAUGGUGGCUCAUUCAGGAGAUUUUAUUUUCUUUGACCAUUUAUGGGGGUGCCGCUGGUAAUUGAAAUGUCUUCAAAAGGGAGCCACGUGAAAGGUUUUCAGUGUGUUUGCCACACACAUUGCAGAUUGACCGUUUAUUUUUGUACAAGAAAAAAAAAAAGUAAGACCAUGUAUUUUCCCAGCGAACUUGACAAAGAAUAUCACCAUUCUUUUCUGAAACUUUCAAUAACACAUAAUCUUUACUGUUUCAUGAAGUGUUUUAAAAAGGUAUAUAUAUAUAUAUAUAUAUAUACACACACACACACACACACACACACACACACACACACACACAGCCAAAACAAUUUAUGUGCAUGUUAUUUUUGGACACGUAUGGUGCCAAAUAACUUUUACCGGGAUCUAUAAAAGCACCACUUUUUUUCUCUUAAUUAGGGGUAGCCGACAUUCUUAGUGGGAGAGAAAUGCAAAACAAGGCAUAUACAUAUAUCUCCACUAUUUUUGUCACCUCUGUAAUACUAUACCAAAUGGGCAUCUUUACCUGUGUCUGUUCAGAGCAUGCUUCAGCUGACAGUUACUAUGGUCACACAAAACAUGAAUAUCACACUUUGUUCAUUUCUAUGCCAAUCUGUGCCUGUAUAUGGAUUAUUCUCCUAAUAUUAUUUUAGUUUAUGAGAAAUAAUAAAAUCAAACCCUAUGAA